UCCUUCUUCCUUAAUUUGGUUUUUCAAAAAUAAUCCAAAAAUCCUCAAAAUUUCUUCACCUACCUCUCUAGAUUUGAGGUUCCUGUCUUUGGUCGACGCGUGCACUGCACGUACCAGAUUCCCAAUAUUUUUGUUUCAGGCUACAAGCAUUGAGAUAAGUCCCAGUUCCAUAUUCAAACUUGUGGCAUCCGAAUAACCUCUCCUUAAAAAAAUCUCUCCAAAAAAAAUAUUCCCAAUUCCCUAUCUUUUUCUAGCAUUGAAAAUUCUGAUAAAAUUAUUAUGAGGCUUCAGCUUAGCAAUCUCAUUAUAUUUGCAGAUGGAAGGCAAUCAUAAUUCCACUUCUAAGGAUUACUACAAAAUUUUGGAAGUAGAUUAUGAUGCAACUGAUGAGAACAUCAGGUUAAGUUACCGGAAGCUUGCACUGAAGUGGCAUCCAGAUAAGCACAAGGGUGAUAGUGCUGUUACUGCAAAAUUCCAAGAGAUAAACGAAGCUUACAACGUGUUAAUCGAUCCUGAUAAGCGCUUUGAGUAUGAUUUAACUGGAAUAUAUGAAAUUGAUAAGUAUACUUUGCGGGAAUAUCUUGCCAGAUUUAAGGGAAUGAUUCUUACCUGCAAUGGGCUUGGUAUUAGUCAUACAUCAACAUGAACAACUAACAGACAGAAAUGAAUUUGCUGAAGAAGGUUAGCUCUUGUUUACAAUUUACAAAGGCUGCCAUGCUUAUUUCUGAGCGACUCUGGCCCUGGGAGUGACAGGGCCACUGUAUGAGUAACGAUAUGGAUCUUUUUUUCUACUUGUCGAACCUGAAAAUGUAUCUCAUCUUCUCAGUAUUAUUACAUCUGUAAUCGAAAUGAGGAUUCCUCAAGUAAAGAGAUAUGUGAUGGUGAUGGUGAUGGUGAUGGUGAUGUUGAGAUGUGUUCCAAUGAGGCAUGAUUUAUAGCUUGUAUGAGUUUGAUAGCGUAACCAAAUGUAUAAUUGAUAUAAUAUAGACAUGAGAGCUGUAAUUAUAGAGAAUGUCAUUCAUAAUUUAUUAGGCCCGCAAGCGAAGUAUACUAUCUAUACAAUAUAAUAAUGCUGUCGAUGAAAGCUACUAUUUCCCUGUCAAA